AUGCGGCUUCUUGCUGGGCUGCUGCUGGCUGCUGCCUUGAGCCUGAAGAUAGCUGCAUCCCAAGCCAUGUGGUGCCACCAGUGCAAGGGCUUCGGUGGCUGCUCCCAGGAGGCCAGUUGCCCUCAGGACACCACCCACUGCAUUGCCAUCGCCACACCGGCGCCCAUCAACUUCCCGGGCGUGCCUGUGGUCACCAAGAUGUGCUAUCGUGGCUGCCCCGACAGUCACUCCCUGGGCUUGGGCCCCUACGUGUCCAUCAUCUGUUGCCAGGCCAGCCUCUGCAACCACGACUGA